AUGACAGAGAAUAGUAAUAAUAAUAAUAGUGAUACUACUACUAAUAUUAAUAAUAGUAAACCAAAAUCAUUUGAAAAUGUAAUGGAAAUAACAAAACAAUUAGUAGAAAGAUUAACCACUCAGAAUGAUCAAAAGAUAAGAUCAUUACAUAAUCAUAAGAAGAAUAAAGAAGAUAAUAAUAGUAGUAAUAGUACAAAUAACAAUAGUAAUAUAGUAGAUAAGAAAAAGAAUCAAUAUAUAGAUACAAAAUAUAUUACAAUAUUAAGUUGUAGGUGUUGA